UACCGACAAGAAACUGUUGCAAACAGUCAAGACACUACACAUUUUCAACUUCUUAUUUUCUGUUGUGGUUCAUUUUCUUCUUAUCACUACACAAUUUUUGUUCAAAUUUCAAGUUUGCAAGUUAUCAUGUGUGCUACAGCUGUAUCACCUCAACUUCACUAAUUGACUGUAUUGAAAUCCUAGAAGUACUAUAGGUAGACGGCAUCAACAUAAUUUUAAACGUUGCGGUACAACAAACUAAAAAAAAAAGGCUAAAUUAUAUUUUUGACCCUCUAAUUUUCACAAACUAAUAAUUGUGGAUGCCGAAGGAAUUGACUCGAUUCAGGUGUUUGUUUGUUGAAUGCUUUCAUUCUUCUGUCGUAGUCGUUGUUUGUUUUGCUUGCCCACGACUUGUUUGAAUAAUUGACUGACCCAAAAUGAAGAAGCAAAUUUGAUUUUUAAGGAAAAAUGAGAAAAGAUAGAUAGCCGCCAUGGUCUCUGUAUGUUGUUGUUCAUCACCUCUACUUAUAGACCUGUCUCUGUUCUUACCAUCUCACAAACCUUUCAACUCUGUCUAGGCUAUUAUUCCUUUCUACUGUGUUUCUCUUCACUUGAAACACAAAUAUUUCUGAAGCAUUAGCUCGUUCUCAUACCAUGAGGGCCAACAAAUCAACUUCUUUUCACCUUCCUGCAGGAAUAGUUAAAACAACACUGGCAGUGUUGGUUGUUGGAUUUCUAGCAUGGGCUUAUCAAGUUUCUCAACCUCCUCCUCCCAAGAUAUGUGGCUCUCCUAAUGGACCACCUAUAACGGCGCCAAGAAUCAAACUAAGAGAUGGAAGACAUUUGGCAUACAAAGAGCACGGUGUUCCAAAAGACGACUCAAAGUAUAAAAUCAUCUUUGUCCACGGUUUCACCAGUUGUAGACAUGACGCUGUGGUUGCCGACACCCUAUCACCUGAUAUUGUGAAGGAAUUGGGGAUCUACGUUGUAUCUUUCGACAGACCUGGUUAUGGAGAAAGUGAUCCUGAUCCAAAUCGUACUUUAAAGAGCAUUGCUUUGGAUAUCGAGGAGCUUGCUGAUCAAUUGGGAUUGGGAUCCAAAUUCUACGUGGUUGGUUAUUCCAUGGGUGGGCAAAUUACUUGGAACUGCCUUAAGUAUAUACCUCACAGGCUGGCAGGUAUAGCGCUCUUAGCCCCAGUCGUCAACUACUGGUGGCCUGGUUUUCCUGCAAACAUAACUGCAGAAGCCUAUUCCCAAAUGAAAUUAGAAGACCAAUGGGCACUUCGUGUUGCUCACUACACGCCAUGGCUAACGUACUGGUGGAACACUCAAAGAUGGUUCCCGAUUUGUAGCGCAAUUUCUCGUAGUCUACAUAACUUUUUGAAACAAGACAAAGAGCUUUUAACUAAGUUGUUGGAUAAUAAAGAUAAUUAUGUGGCGCAAGUAAGACAGCAAGGGGAAUAUGAAUCUGUCCACCGCGACUUAAAUAUUGCAUAUGGAAGCUGGGAAUAUACUCCAUUGGAUCUUCAAAAUCCAUUUCCAAACAAUGAAGGUUCUGUUCAUCUUUGGCAAGGAGAUGAUGAUUUAUUUGUUAAUGUUGCACAACAACGAUUCAUCGCACAAAACCUUCCAUGGAUUCACUAUCACGAACUUACAGGUUCGGGUCACCUCUUUCCUCACGCCGAUGGCAUGAGUGAGACUAUCAUUAAGUCUCUUUUAGGUGUGAAGUAGGCUUCUGUAGUCACCGGCUAUCUCGGGUCAGCUUCAGCAUUUAUUAUCUAGAAUUCGGAAAAUUCAAACUGAAGAUCACACACAAUACAUAUGAUAAACUUCGAGCAACUUCGUCUGUAAGAUGAAUCUAGUUAAUUCUUGAUAAUUAAAUAAGUUCUUGUCUUUUAAAAUUUAACAUAAGCUGGCAUGUUUUGUUAUAAAUAAGAUGUAUUUGGAGAUAGCAACUACAUGAAUGCAUUUGGUGGAGUAUAAUUUGUCUAAAUAGGGUUUGCUUUCA